AUGGCCCCCAUUUGGAACGGGACAGAAAGGCUUUUUGCAGCCGUUGCAAGGGACAUCCGACGCCUGCGAAACCCGCAGGAGGUGGCAUGGUUCAUUGUGCCGGGUGGAUCCCUUCGGCAGCAGGAAGACUUUACCUCGCUGGAAGAGAAACCCCAGUUCCCGGGUGCCUCGGCUGAAUUCGUGGACAGGCUUGAGUUCAUCCAGCCCAAUGUUAUCUCAGGGAUCCCUGUCUACCGGGUCAUCGACCGGCAGGGGCAGAUCGUCAAUCCCAGCGAGGACCCCCAGCUUCCCAAAGAGCAAGUGCUGAAGUUCUACAGGAGCAUGACGCUGCUCAACACGAUGGACCGGAUCCUGUACGAGUCCCAGAGGCAGGGCCGGAUCUCCUUCUACAUGACCAACUACGGGGAGGAAGGCACGCACAUCGGCAGUGCAGCCGCCCUCGAUGACACUGACCUGGUGUUCGGACAGUACCGGGAAGCAGGCGUCCUGAUGCACCGGGGUUACCCCCUGGACCUGUUCAUGGCGCAGUGCUACGGGAACGCCAGCGACCCCGGGAAGGGCCGUCAGAUGCCGGUGCAUUACGGCUGCAAAGACCUGCACUUUGUCACGAUCUCGUCCCCGCUGGCCACGCAGAUCCCACAAGCCGUCGGUUCCGCCUACGCCGUCAAGAGGGAGAACAGCAACCGGAUCGUGAUCUGCUACUUCGGGGAAGGCGCGGCCAGCGAGGGCGACGCCCACGCCGGCUUCAACUUCGCCGCCACCCUCGAGUGCCCCAUCAUCUUCUUCUGCCGCAACAACGGCUACGCCAUCUCCACCCCGACGUCUGAGCAGUACCGGGGCGACGGGAUCGCUGCUCGGGGUCCAGGUUACGGCAUCCACUCGAUCCGGGUGGACGGCAACGACGUCUUCGCGGUGUACAAUGCCACCAAGGAGGCCCGGCGUCGUGCCGUUGCUGAGAACCAGCCGUUCCUCAUUGAGGCCAUGACCUACAGGAUUGGGCACCACAGCACGAGCGACGACAGCUCCGCCUACCGUUCGGUGGACGAGGUCAACUAUUGGGACAAGCAGGACCACCCCAUUUCUCGGCUCCGUCACUACAUGGUGAACCAAGGCUGGUGGGACGAGGAGCAGGAGAAAAGCUGGCGCAAGAAGUCCCGCAAGAGGGUCAUGGAGGCCUUCGAGGAGGCCGAGCGCAAGCUGAAGCCCAGGCCUCAGCUUCUCUUCUCCGACGUUUACCACGAGAUGAACUGGCACAUCCAGAAGAAGCAGGAAUCCCUGGAGCGAAAGCAAUACGGCGAACACUACCCUUUGGGACAGUUUGAGAAGUGAAACCCCCCCCUUCAUCCUCACCCCCCCCCCUGACUUGCCCUCACCAGCAACCGGAAGAGGAGUCUAGGUCAAAAACUGUGCCCCCAUUACACCUAGGCAACCUUUUUCUUGGUCCUGUGUGGGGGAAAAGGCUGCUUGGAACACUGGUGCCUGGGAUCUCGGGGGUGGGGGGUAACAGACCCAGGUUUGGGGGCAACUCUCGGGGACUCCAAACCACCCUCUGCUAGCGACCCCUAAUGGCUAUCUUAUCUUACAAUGGAAGCUGCUAACAGUGAUAGCUCACUAAGGGGUGCCACAAAGCCACUGUCACCACCCAGCCCACGGUGGCAUACACUCCACCUCCCGAUCUGGACCAUCCAAUGCUCUACUCGUUUUCUUGGUGGUGGUUAAAUAUAGCGCGGCGAGCCACCUGUGCCCAAUGGGAAUUCCCGAACUCGAGUCUUUGUGAGAACCCGAGAAGUCCUGUUGGGCGUGCGCAACCCUUGGGGGUAGGUCAGGAUGGCUUUGAGAGCAGAGGCUUCUAUCCCCUCCCCCCCAAAAUCCACCCUUCCGCACCUUGGCCUCACCUCGUCAUCAAGAUGACUGCGGUUGCAUGCAAUUUACAUAAAGCACAAAGGUCCCAGCUCUCUGUAGAACCGCGGUGCCUUAUCUCGGCUGGUUUUCUUAACGGGGUUCCCCCUUGCCGCCUCGCACAACCCGGCUGCCUUCCUGGAGGCUGUCGUUCUGAAAGGCACUAAGUGGGCGAGCUUGUGUCUGAAAAGGAACCACUUCUGCUAGAAAGAUCUCCGACGUCAUCUUCGGUGCCUCCGGAUCCAAGUACCACCUUGGGGUGGCCUUGCGUGUUCAUGAGACUUCCCGCCUGACAAACGCUGCAAAGAUAAUGCCAGUAAUUAAGGGGCAAACCGCAGCCUGUGCCUUCCCCAGGAGAAGAACCCCAGACGCCUCCCUUGACAGUGUCCUCCAGAGACUAUGAUCUCAUUGGGCAAAGCGGAUAUCACCCUGUAAUUUUAACCUGGCCUGUUGGUCCACACUCUGUAAGAGGGCAGGUCUUUUCAAAGUAUUUUCCGUAGGAUUGGGGAGCUUUUAGAAGUUGGGCUGGCUUUAGCGGAGCCCAGAGCAAAUGGAGAAGGGGGCUUUUGUUGGAAACCCCAACAGUGUACAUUUUCAGCAUCUCUUUCUGAGCGAUUUGGGGGGGGAGGUGUUUGUGGCAGAGUUCUGUCGGUCUGUUACAGCUAAAUUGGGGGUGUUACUGCUGAAUGUGGUAGUUAUACAUUCGGGGGUGCGGGGAGACAUGGGUGAACACAGGUAGUCUAGGGCAAACGUGGGUGUCUCAGCAAUGAAUAAAAUGUUUA